UAAAGAUCCAAAAAGUCCAAUCGCUGAAAGGGCAUGCGCAAAUGAUCAGGAGCCAAAUCCAAUGACAUGCGAAUAGGCAGAGAAAGACAUAAGGUUUACGGAUUUAAUAGCCCUCUUUAAUUUCUCGCUCGUAUAAGAGCGCAAGACAUGGCAAAUUAAUGAUAUCCUUAGAAGGCCGCUGUUUCUGCGGCAAGUCGAGAAUAAAUGGCCGUUUUUACUUUAUGCAUCUUUGCAUUGGCAUCACUCAGUGGAAACUUCGAAUUAACAAGCGGCUCCUCUAAUGAAACUAAUUACGUCGAAACGCUGAUUAGCGGAGAGGACACGGUGUGUAAAAGCGAAGAGUUGGAAUGUGACGAUCUAUGUCUUGGUCCCUCAAAGAUAUGCAAUGGUGUUAGCGAAUGUUUUAGUGGAGUCGACGAGAACUGUGGAUGCCUCUCCAAUGAAUUUGCUUGCAACGAAACAUACAGCGCCACUCAGUGUAUUGAUGUUAUUAGAAGAUGUGAUCGGAAAGAGGACUGCAACAACGGAGCUGACGAACUUGAAUGCGAUACCUACACAUGUCCAACCACUCACAGCAAAUGUGGAAACCACUUCUGUAUUCCAAGGGAGGCCUGGUGCAAUUUCAUCGAUGAUUGUGGAGACUUCUCUGAUGAAUCCAAAUGCGAUCAUCGUAAGUGUUAUUCUCAGGAGUUUACAUGUAGCAAUGGGGAGUGCAUCAAGAGCGCCUUUAUGUGCGACAACAAUACUGACUGUAUUGACGGCAGCGACGAAAUAAAUUGUGAAAAUCACUUUUAUUGCGACAACGGGUUAUACAUUCCACGUUCUUCGCUUAUAUGUGACAAAUGGGUGGAUUGCAAAUGGACGCAGUUAGAUGAACUGAAUUGUGAUGCAUGCAGUGGGCCCGAGGACUUUCAAUGUAAUAACGGACGUUGUAUCAGGGCAUCCAACGUUUGCGAUGGAGUGUGCGAUUGUGCCACCUCUUGUGAUGAUGAAAAUGAAUGUGAGUUUACAUGCGUUGGAAAGUUUGACUGUAGCAGUCGUCAACACGGGAAUAUAGCAGACUGGAGAGGGGGUAGGUGCAUUGACUGGAAGUUCGUUUGUGAUGGUGUGAACGAUUGUUGGGACAGCGGUAGAGGGCGCGACGAGUCAUAUUGCAAGACUCCCGGUGACGAUUUUUGCAGAAACUCAAAUGCCUACAACAAUGAUCUGAGGUGCAUAGGGAAUUGCUUGAGAUCCAACCUUGUAUGCAACUAUGUCAAGGACUGUCGGGAUGGCAGGGACGAGGUCGGAUGUGGUUACCUCGACAUCCCUUGUAGCAAAUCUGAGUUUAUGUGUCAUAGUGGACAGUGCGUUGACGAGUCCUUACGAUGUGAUGGAGUCAGUCAUUGCUUGGAUCACUCAGAUGAAACUAACUGUGGUGAUCACGUGUGCAGGGAUGACCAAUGGCAAUGUGCUAAUGGUCAGUGUCUGAUUGGAUCACAAGUGUGUGACUAUACACGAGAUUGCUUUGACAACAGUGAUGAAAAUAAUUGUAACCACAAGAACUGCACCUCUGUCGAAUUCCGAUGCAGAAGUGGUCAAUGCAUCCCAAAUGAAAACGUUUGCCACCAGUCCAAUAACGGAUGCAUCGACCAUUCACAUCUCCUGAACUGUAGAGAAUAUGUGUGUGAUAGCGGCUACUUUAAAUGCACAAACAGUUAUUGCAUUCCCGAGUCGAAGAAAUGUGAUGACGUAGUCGAUUGUGAGUUGUCGCUUAAUGACGAAGCUCAAGAAGUAUGCAAAAAACCAUACGCCUGUCCAUACCCCAGUGAGGAAUGCACGUGUCACUGGAAGGAAUUGAACUGUUCUUUUCAAGGCCUCGUCAUGCUACCAGUUGGACUGAAAGAAGAAAUAAAAGUCUCAGAAUUCCAUUUAUCUGGUAAUAACCUUAUAUUGAACAACGAGACAUUCGAAAAGUGGGGGAAGCUGACAUAUCUUGAUUUGAGUAGAAAUAACUUAUCUUACAUUCCGGCGGGUGUCUUUAAACAACUAUGGCGGCUACAAGAAUUGAAUCUUGGCGACAACUACAUAAGCAGCAUCACACAGGGGUCGUUCACAGGGCUAUCCAGCCUUAGUAAAUUAACACUUGGAGGAAAUUCAAUAAGUUCAAUCCAGCGAUCUGGAUUUAGUGGACUAUCGUCCCUUGGGAUUCUUGAUUUAAGGCACCAGAAUUUGACAGCAGUUCACGCAGACUCGUUUCAGGGACUCAGGCAACUUCGUAAUCUGGAUCUAUCUUACAACAGAAUUACACAUAUCAGUGACGGGGCCUUCAAUGGACUUCAAGAUCUUUUAAAGUUAACCAUUUCACACAACGUCAUUGUUACCAUAGGAGAAAACGCUUUUAAUGGACUAGGAAAACUGAAUAUGCUGACCACGGACGAAUUUAAAUUUUGUUGUCUAGCAAAACACGUAGAGAAUUGUAAUCCAAAGCCGGAUGAAUUUUCCUCUUGUGAAGACCUGAUGUCCAACUUCGUUCUAAGGGCAAGUAUAUGGAUCCUUGGUACAGUGGCAUGCCUUGGAAACUUGGUAGUCGUUAUAUGGCGACUGAAAGAGUUCAGAGGAUCAAAGAUCCAUUCAUUCCUGAUAACUAACCUUGCCAUCGGCGACUUUCUGAUGGGGCUCUAUCUUCUCAUAAUUGCAUCUGUGGACGCCUUCUAUAGAGGGCACUACAUAGUCUACCACGACACUUGGAGAAAGAGCAGCAUGUGUAACUUUGCUGGGUUCUUAUCUACGUUCUCGUGUGAAAUAUCAGUAUUUACCUUAACGGUGAUUACCCUGGACAGACUCAUUGUAAUCAUAUUCCCAUUCAAGGCAAAGCGGAUGUCUAUAAGACAAGCCCGGGGUGUUAUGCUGACAGCUUGGUUAGUCGUGUCCUUCCUGGCUGGACUACCCUUAUCCAACGCACCUUACUUUAAAGACUUCUACGGUAGAUCGGGUGUCUGCCUCGCACUUCAUAUCACACACGAUAAACCCAAUGGUUGGGAAUAUUCAGUAUUUAUAUUUCUAGCGCUCAAUAUGGUAUCAUUUCUCUUUAUUGCAUCUUCUUAUAUAUCAAUGUUCAUCGUUGCCAAGCGGACCCAAGGCGCCGUGCGAAGCCAGGAGGUAAAGAAUGAUACUAAGUUAGCGAGGAGGAUGACGUUGAUUGUUAUGACGGACUUCUGCUGUUGGGUACCCAUCAUAUUACUGGGCAUUAUCUCCUUGAUGGGGUUCAACAUUCACUCCCAGAUAUACGCCUGGGUGGCUGUAUUCGUUCUCCCUCUAAAUUCAGCGCUGAACCCUGUAAUAUACACGAUCUCAACAGCUCCGUUUCUCAAGCGUGCUCGUCUCUUAAGAAGAUCAUUCAUGACUAAGGACACCAGUAGUACAGCAGCUGAUGCAUCGUCCCACCCCGGAAGUGGCUUCCGGUUUAAAAGUUCCCUGCAUCAUACGUCAGUUUCACGUGACCACAGUAGCAGACCAAAGUUCAGGAGAGACUACGUGGCGCUGAAACAGCACCCAGGGGGGUCGCAACACAACACGAGUGUGGGGGAGGGCAGUAUCAAAAGGGGCACAACACGACUGGCCAAUGAAUCAACGGGAAACACUGAAAUAUAUGACUGAAGAUGUAGACAAUCAUCUUGAUUAUGUAUUCAUUGACAAUCUGAAGUUUAUGUAGAAAAAGUUCAGUUGUGAGAUAUUAAGAAUUGUACAAAUACUGAAUAUCAUUGAAAUGCAUUGAAAUGUAGUAACAUUAAUCCGUGUCCUUCAAUUUAAUGUUCUAAUCAAUUAUGUCCGUAUAUACUGUAUACAUGUUUUUGCAGUAACUUUAAUUUUAAUCAAGAUUUUUUUAUCAAGAACAAAAUAAUCGUUUGCCAAUAUUUUAACAUUCCUAUUUCACUCCCCUCCAUAAGUUUGGCAACCUUAGCUCCCCCAUUGAACUAACUGUAAAGCCUCUUUACGUUUGAAUUUUUAUUUACUUAAUCUGCGAUGAAAUAACUUAUAAUAUCGAUGGAAAC